UACAACUACAACUACCGUAUACAUUCGCUAAGAUAUAUUGUUGGAGAUAUAGUGAGGAGCUCCCCAAUGGCGCGCUCCAAAACCCUAACGGCUGGCCUCUUCACCAUGAUGUUCCUCGCUCCAUCCAUCCUCGCCGCCGAUCCAGACCCUCUCCAGGACUUCUGCGUGGCCGACCUCGACAGCGAGGUCUCGGUGAACGGGUACCCAUGCGUGCCCACAUCGGAGGCCGGCGACGACUUCCUCUUCUCGUCCAGGCUCGCCACGGCCGGCAACACGUCCACCCCGAACGGCUCCGCCGUGACACGGCUGGACGUGCAGGGGUUCCCCGGCACCAACACGCAGGGCAUCUCCAUGAACCGCGUCGACUUCGCGCCGGGCGGAAUCAACCCGCCGCACGUCCACCCUCGCGCCAGCGAGAUCGGCAUGGUGACGAGAGGCGAGCUCCUCGUCGGCAUCAUCGGCAGCUUCGAAUCCGGGGAGAGGCUCUACUCCAAGGUGGUGCGCGCCGGGGGGACGUUCCUCAUCCCGCGUGGCCUCAUGCACUUCCAGUACAACGUCGGCGCGGAAGAGGCCUCCAUGUUCGUCUCCUUUAACAGCCAGAACCCCGGCAUCGUCUUCGUGCCAGUAUCACUCGUAGGCUCAAACCCGCCCAUCCCGACGCUGGUGCUCACCAGGGCGCUCCGGGUGAACGCCUCCGUGGUGGAGCUUCUCAAGUCUAACUUCGCCAGCGGGUCUUACUUCAUUCCUAGGACCGUGGAAUAAUCUGUAUUAAUUCAGUUCGAUGUAUGUGCAUGCGUGCUUGCCCCAGAAGUUGUAUGCAUAGCUGAUUAAGCUUCUGGUGAAGGUAUCGUCCUGUUCUAAUAAGAUUGAAUAAUCUCGCCGUUCUGAGUUC